AUGUCUACCGCGCACGGGCGCUACACCUACCUACGCUCUCUCAAGAGGCGGAACAGAGCCGACGUGUGCAAGCCUGCAGGGCAGGUAGCACGUCGCCGGGAGGGGAGAGCGCGAACAGUGGUCAUGGAGACGCCAUGGCCGCGGCGUGGUGCUGGUGGAAAGCGAGUGCCUGGAGCGGAUCUUGCUGGGGGUGCGUUCUUCUGGCGCGCUGCCUGUGGCCGGAGCCCCAGAGCAGGUGCCGGCGUACCCUGUACUGGUGUGUACAGGCGAGGGCGUAAGGUGUUUGCGGAAAUGCCGAAGCCAGCGCGAGCCUUCCUUCGCGCUGCCGGCGCCUCUCAGCUUGCCGUACGAAUCAUUGACCAAAUUAAAAGUCCUCUCUUCAUCUUGGCUGCUGAACCACUGACUGCAUUGCCAUUGAUCACCAUGGCCACCGCACCUGAGGAAUUCUUCGGCAAGGGUCUCAUGGAGCAGUCACCACCAUCCCCACCUGUCUUCCCCGACGACCUUCCCCAGAAGCCCAAUGGCAGCAGCGAGAGCCAGCAUCGUGUACCUAAUGAGAUGAUGCUCUCUUACGUCUCACAUGUUCUCAUGGAGGACGAUGAUAUUGAUGAUAAGCUCAAUGAUCACCCUGCGCUACUCCAGGUGCAGCAGCCCUUUGCUCAGAUCCUGUCUUCCCCUUCCUCUGGCACUAACACUGGCAGCAGGGAGGGGUCCAAUGAUUUCUUGCAUGAAGGCAAUGUUGAUGAAAGUGAGCUCAAUUCAGCUUUAUCCAAGGGCACGGAUACUGUGGGGGCAUUCUUGAAGGGCAUGGAAGAGGCCAACGGGCUCUUGCCCAAAGACAACUUCAGAAGGGACGAGCUGGUGAAUCAGAUGGUCAGGGAAAGCAGCAGUCACAGCGUGGUCAAGAAGAGGCAUAGCAGGGAUGAUCAUCUACAAAUGGAGAUAAGAACCAGCAAAGCUAUGACGGUGAUCAAGGAGCCAGAGGAGUACUCGGCCAACGAGAUGCUUGAUGAAAUGAUGUUGCAUGGCUACAAGGAAUGCAUCAGGGACAUGGACAACCUCCGUGUCACCAUGGACAAUAAUGAAGUGGAAAAGAAAAACAGGAAUAGUGGUAGCAAGGAGACGAGGGACAACAAUGUGGUGGACAUACCCAGGUUGAUGAUCUCUUGUGCGCAGGAGGUCGCAGUGAACAAUCACUUGAGGGCACGAGAGCUGCUGAAGCAGAUCAUGCAGCAUGCAUCAGAAACAGGGGACGCCACACAACGGCUGGCCCAAUGUUUCACCAAGGGGCUAGAGGCACGGCUCGUGGGCACCGGGAGUCUGCUUUGGGAGUUGCCAAUGGCAGAGCGACCUUCCGUUGUGGAGUUCAGCAAGGCCUCCAGCCUCUACUUCGAAGCCUGCUGCUUCAACAAGGUGGCACUUGUUUUAUCUGAGAUGACCAUCAUGCAUGCCAUGGUGGGUAAGAGCAGGCUACACAUCGUUGAUUAUGGUAUGCAGUUCGGAUACCAAUGGGCAGGCUUGCUCCACUCAUUGGCGAGCAGAGAAGGUGACCCACCGGAGCACCAAAAUAACUUCCUUGAACUUUGGAACCCAUUCUUUGAAAUUAAAACAAACUCUUUAAAAUUCUCUUUCUUUUAUUUUCUGGAAAAACGGAAGUUCCACACUAUCAAGACAAAUUGGGAGGAUGCUUGCAUUGAGGACCUGAACAUAGAGGCCGAUGAGGUGCUCGUCGUGAAUGACCUCUUCAGUUUCAGCACCUUGAUGGACGACAACAUAUCUUAUGAUGACCUAAGCCCUAUCGUCCUCAAUAACAUCAGCAAGAUGAGACCGCAUGUGUUUAUGCAGAGAGUCUAUAAUUGUUCGUAUGGUUCGUCCUUCCUGUCACGGUUUCGAGAGAUGCUGUUCUACUACAUGGCACUAUUUGACAUAUUCGAUGCAACCAUCCAAGGGAGAGUAAAUCUCGAAUGCUGCAAAGGCGCGAACCUGGUGGAACGCCCUGAGAGGUACAGGCAAUGGCAGACGAGAAACCGACGGGCUGGCCUAAGGCAGCUGCCACUGAAGACAAGCAUUGUAGAGGUCAUGAAAGAUAUGGUCAUGAAGCACUACCACAAGGACUUUCUGAUCUCCCAGGAUGGCCAAUGGCUUUUGCAAGGAUGGAGGGGGCGUGUCCACUUUGCCCACUCGACAUGGGUUGCAGCAGAUGUCUCUUCUAGAGGAGGCGGUCAACUGUUCCUUGAGACGGUGCCAGGAAAAUAUAGUGAGCUCGAAGUGUUUGGGAAAUGCAACAGCCUGCCAGAGCGACAGAUGUUGCGUGAAGAGAAGAGAUGCCUGGCAGUUUUUGUGUUAACACCCGGAAAGAAGAAAGGGGAGAAACUAAAGAGAGGUGGCUAUUUGGGCCUAAAGGCCCAUCAGCUAGAGCCCCACCCUAGCCGCCCCUAUUCCCUCCCUCUCCCUGGCCGCACCCUCCUCUUCCUUCUCACAAAAAUUUCCCCAUGGACCUCCGGUUCUAGGGCCUAA